CCUUUCGCUUUACUGUAUCUUUUUGUUCCCUAACCCUAACCCUAACCUCAACCUCAAUUUGAACUUUAAUUUAAGUUUCCAUUUUGACUGGCUUUAAUACAAACACACGUCUUCCUUCUUCCUUAAUCACAGUUAAAUGGCAUUUUGUUUAACAAAAUGCUGCUAAACAAAAUGCCAGUGAUAUUAAUAUUAUUAUUCAUGCAAUUUGAAUGCCUGACAAGAGUUUGUGUUGUUUCUUGUUCUUAAAGUACAAAGAGUGUGGUUUGAGUUGAUGUUAAACCUGACCCCAGAUCAGGGUUAUGAUGCUCGAUACUGAAACCCUGGUUACACCUCUUCCUUAUUAAAGUAAUAGAAACAUGCAUUUCCUCUGGGUGUAUUUGUUAUUCUCACCACUUUCAGAGUCACUGUACUCUUGCAAGCACACUUGUGUACAGGCUGGGCCAAUUUCACUAAUGUACAACCCAUGAUGUCACAUUUUAAGUCACUCUCUGGUGAAAGUCCGUUUUCCCAACUUGCUCAGAACAAUCAAUUCGGCAGCGCCAGGAAUCAUGAGCAGAAUCCAGUGUUGAUCCCCAAGCAGGUGAAACUCAAACCUGUGGACAUGAAUAAAGGUCCAGGCUCCAAGCCUUUUCCUAAACCUCUCAUGGUCAAACCCAACUUUACGGUUAACUCUAUGGAGACCAGAUUCAAUCCUCCAGUUCCUAACAUCAAGACCAGUAGUGACUCGAGAAGUGAUGCUUUUGGAGUGAAUCUGCUCAAUAGAGGGAAACAGGAGAACGCUUAUACACAAGCCCCCACUGGAGCUGGAUCCCAGAUUCCUGCCAAACAGAAACCCCUUCUUCAUGAAAAGAUCUCUGCAGCACCGGAAACCACUACUGGUGAUUUGUCAAUGCCGAAAAAGAAGCCACUUCCCGGUUUGUUUUUGUUAGGAAAGUGUCCGGCCAAACCACAGAGACCUCCACAAGUUAACCUCAACAAGUUCACAGGGAACGUAUCCAACACCAGCAACCCUGAGGAAAAUUUCUCCCUCCCACCCCCACCACCUCCUGACCGCCUGUCAAUCACAUCUGUGACUCCACCCCCACCAUCAGCCUUCAUAUUUCUACCUGCUCCCCCUCCUAUGGAUGAGGAGGGUUUUUACGAUGAUACGGAUGUCAUGAGCCGGACGGAGACUUCACUAGGUGAAAGCAGCAAUGUCCCUGAGAUGUCAGAUGAGGAAAUGUACGAGGAUCUUGAACACAACUGGCCAGAAAACAACAAAGAACCGACAGAAGAAAAGAUGACAAAAGACUCAAAAGAACUAAAGAAAAAGCUGGAUAAAGAAGAGAAGAAACGCUUGGAGCAGGAAAAGAAAGAGAAGAAAGAGAGAGAGAAAAAGGAGCAGGAGGCCAGGAAAAAGUUUAAAAUCAAGGGUCCGAUAUUGGUGCUUGAAACGGUGAAGGCCAGUGUGGAUCACAAGGGAGGAAAGAACAAACUUCCACUGAAGCAGGGAGAGAGAGUUGAAAUUGUGCGCAAAACAGAAAACCCAAAGGACUACUGGCUCGCCAGAAACCCUGAAGGCCACUAUGGCUUUGUGAAGCCUGACACUCUAGAUGUUAUGAGAAGCACACCGGAUGGACAGGAUGUGUAUGAUGAUGUGGGCGUAGAUGAUGACGUCAAUAAUCUACCGGAUGCAGCUGAAUGUGAUGCUGAUAUUUAUGAUUGUCCAGAUGAUCCACAAGCUGAUUUCAGCUUUCCACCUCCGCCUCCUCCAGACCCCACUGCAUUUAAUGCCUGUGCCACUGAUGAGACAUAUGAUGACAUCAUUCCAGCAGAAUUCCCUUUUCCUCCUCAGUCUCCUAAAAGCUCUCGAAAGUUCAGCUCAACAAGUAAGACAGACGAGAUGGACCCAAAGAAAAAGAAAAAGUUUGAGAAGGAGGAAAAAGAGUUUAGGAAGAAGUUUAAAUAUAAUGCGGAAAUCAAAGUGCUGUAUCAAGCUACUGUUCUCCAAUCGCUGGCUAUAAAGAAGUUUGGUAAUAAAGACUUGCCAGUCAAGCCUGGAGAAAUCAUUGAUGUGAUCGUUCAUCCAGUGGAUGACAAAAUCAUCGGCCGGAACAGCGAAGGAAAAUUUGGCUAUGUGUCGACUGCUAAUUUGGAGGAGGACGGCUGUAUUUAUGAUGACGUUGGUGAAGAGUGCGUCUACGACAAUGACUAAGCUUGGAUAAACUCAUCUAGUGUGUCUUCAUCAUCUGUCAACAUCCUUAUUUCAUUCAUUCUUUCACCAAACAAUCCCUAUGUAUCUUCAUUGUUUGAGAAUGAUCUACAGUAAAUAUUAUAUGUUGUAUAUACAGUGA